GUCUGUGAUCAUGUGAUCAGAUAUUAGCGCCAAUGCGACUAUAGCGGCAAAAAACACAAUCUGUCUUUCUCGCUCUCUUAGAGGUGUGCUGGUGUGAAUACAGCUUUCCAGGUUUCUUCCAGAGCUGUUAGCUAUGUCAGAUUUAGAAAAUACAUCAUCUUUUACUGACACGAUGCAACAUGAUACUUUAAUAGAUAAUAAAGAACAACUGCUGAAUUCAGAUUUAAAUAUUGCAGAUUGUAAUGAAACCACUGAUUUUACUAAGACACAAUUAAUAGAAGACAUAGCUGCACAAAAAUUAGCUACUGAGACUAUGGAGAGUAAUGAUGUUGAAAUAGAAGAAUUAGAUGGUGGUGAAGGUGAUGUUAAAAAAAGUCAGCUUACAGCUGAAAUGAUGAAAAAUCCUGAAGUUCUUGCUGCAUUACAAUCAAAGUUUGGAAGCAUUUCUGGGACUCCUUCUGGAUAUAUAGAGAACUUACCAAAAGCAGUUAAACGUAGAAUAAAAGCUUUAAAGAAGUUACAGUUGGAGUAUACAAAACAUGAAGCAAAAUUUUAUGAAGAAGUACAUUCACUUGAAUGUAAAUAUGCAAAGAUCUAUGCACCUUUAUUUGAAAAGAGGAGUCAGAUUACAUCAGCAGCUGUUGAACCCACAGAUGAUGAGUGUGAUUUUCCUUCUGAUACAGAAAAAGAUGAAGAUGAUCUUUGUGAUGACAUGAAAAAGAAGACUGCUUUGGAAGAUAAAGCUGAUGAAAUUAAUGAAGGAAAAGAUGAAAAUGAAAAUAUCAACGGGAUCCCAGAAUUUUGGUUAACAAUUUUUAAAAAUGUAGAAAUGUUAGCUGAAAUGAUUCAAGUGAGUCAAUAAAUUGUUUUACUGUUGAAUUUUU